AUUCAGUCAGGGUUAAAGGCAUUGGCUGAUUGAUCGGUACGGCAGGCAGGAUGGGUCAGUCUCUGUGCGCGUUGUCAUACUCGACAGCGCCUUCAGUCAAGCGGAACGGAAACGUUGCCCGAGUUGCGGGUGGAACAUUACAAGUUUGCGGAAUUGCGUGUUUAGAAAGCAGGAGCCACCGGUUGGACGACAAUCCGAUGAAAAAUAAGCAAUCAUACCGGCGCCACGCGUUUGAAGUCGUAGAUGUAGUGUUGGAGGAGCGCCGAGAGAGAGACGGACAGAGGAAGUCGUACGACGGUGCUCGAGACUCGGAAACGGAUCGGACCGGCGCUCGCGGUGACGCACGCGCUUCCGCCGCUCGCUCCGAAGGAGUUUCGAAGGACGGACCCAGUGUCGCCUUCGAUGCGGACCGGUUCGGUGUGCUCGAGUGGGCUGAUCUUAACGAUUCACGAUGUGACCAGCGAGCAGCUACAGAGAAGAAGAAGAAGGAGGAGGAGACGCCUGAGUGGAGCAGCUCACCGCCGAGGAGCAUGGAGGAACCCCGAGACCGAGACAUCAAUCUGACUGCUCUGGGAUUCGAUGGCGCAACAGCACUCAGGCUGUUCACACCGAUCCACUCUUCCUUUAAAAAAGAAAACAAAUCAGCUCCAGAGCCGCACAACAGGCUUCUUGUUCCAACUCCACCAACUGGAGAGCUUUCUGCACUGCGUCCUGAUUUUACGCACAGAACCAAGGACGCCCCUGUGUCUCCUGAAGAAGAGUACGUGCACGGACAGGGUUUCAUCGGGUACCACGGUUUCCCAGGGACGAUCCCGAGACUGAUCGUGACCCAUGACUCGAGUCCCAGCCACGCCGAGGACGCAGAGGUCGCAGAGUUCCCGCUGCGCUUCGGCGCUUUGUCUCUGGACGUGCAGCCCGGUCACGAGUCUCCGUACUCGGACAGCGGCUGUGGGGGCUCCCCGAUCCCCCGCGUGUCCCUGCGCAAGCUGUCCAGCUCGUCCUCGGCUGGGCUCUCAUCCGCGUCCUCAUUCGAGGAGUCAGAGGAUGACAUCACCGCGAGUGACGUCGAACCCGCCGGCUUGUUCCCGAGCACGCGCGUCCCGUGCGGCAGUCCAGAAGAGCUGUCCCGGCCAAGAUCAUGGAGGAAGUUAAAAAGCAUGGUGCAUAUCACACCCUUCAUGGUGUCCUAUAAGAAGCACUACCCGUGGGUGCAGUUAGCCGGCCACGCAGGUAAUUUCCAGGCAGGGGAAUAUGGUAGGCUGUUGAAGAAGUACUGUGCAUGUGAGCAGCAGUGCCUACAGGAGCUGAUGUCUGACUCACUCAGGCCAUACGUGCCAGGUUACUACGGCGUCGUGCGGCAAGACGAUCAGGACUAUAACCUGAUGGACGACCUGCUGGCUGACUUCAACUCUCCAUCCAUCAUGGACUGCAAGAUGGGUAGCAGAACGUAUCUGGAGGAGGAACUGGUGAAAGCUCGUGAGCGGCCCAAGUUAAGGAAGGACAUGUAUGAGAAGAUGGUGGCGGUGGACCCGGACGCCCCGAGCCCAGAAGAGAAGGCUCAGCAGGCCGUCCUGAAACCACGCUACAUGCAAUGGAGAGAAACUCUCAGCUCCACGGCCACACUCGGCUUCCGUAUCGAGGGCAUCAAGAAAGCAGAUGGCACAUGCAACACCAACUUUAAAAGGACUAAGCACAGAGAGCAGGUCAUGAAAGCCUUGGAGGACUUUGUGGAUGGAAACGUGCAGAUCUUGAGGAGUUAUUUACUGAGGUUAGAGGAACUGCGAGGGGUGCUAGAGAUGUCCGAGUUCUUCCGAACACAUGAGGUGGUAGGCAGCUCUUUGCUGUUUGUCCACGACACUUCAGGCCUGGCACGAGUAUGGAUGAUCGACUUCGGAAAGACGGUGCCUCUUCCUCCACACCAGAGCCUGGACCAUCGUACUCCAUGGAGCGAGGGUAACCGUGAGGACGGCUACCUGUGGGGCCUGGACAACCUCAUUGAGAUCCUGAGCUCCAUGAGUCAGAACAAAUCAUAUCCCGAGCCUUGACAGAAGCGCUCGCUGUACAGUGAAGCAGGGACAGAGGACACAUUAGGACCAGAGAGCUGUUGCUAAUGGCUUCGUGCUUGGAGAAGGAAAGAAGGGACAAACAAAGCAUGUGGAAAAGGAGGAGAGGAGAAGAAAUGUCGGAGUGCCUUAGUAGACUAAUCAGCAGGAUGCAUGUGCCAUGAAUGCAAAAUCCAUACACUCUUGGACCAAAAGAACAGACAGACAUUUUUUUUUUUUAAGUGGGUUUGUACAUUUAUAAGGCAAAGAAUUUAAGAUUUUUCGAUCUUUUUUUUUUUUUAAAUGUAAUGAAAAUACCGAUAACACUAGAACACUGGAAACAUAUCCAUCUGUGUAUCCUCUUAAUAUUUUUAUAGUGGUGUAAAUAGACUAAUUUAAUUUUAUUCUUAACACUUUCUUUCUUUCCUGUGAUAAAUCUUUUUACUGCCUCUUCUUUAGCCAUGAUGACACCUUUUUCUAUUCACCCUUUAAUCAGGCUUACAUUUUAAAAGUUGCUAAAUAUUGACUCCUUAAUGUUUUUAUUUUAUUAUUAUUUUUUAAACUCCUGAAGGUUAACGUCUAGAGCUAAUGGCAGACAGGUUCGUUUGAAAGAUUUAACUCUUUAACGCGACACGUCCUGCAGGAUGCUUUUGGUUUGAAGGCUUUAAUGAGCGAAUCUGAAGUCUGAUUACCGAAAGCCGUAUUAGGCGUUCCAUAAAACGUUCCCGUUUUGAAAUUUUCCUUAAAGGCACGUGGAAAUUUUGAAACAUUUCUGAGUUUUCAAAACGGAGCUCCUUUGUAAGCUGUAGGAUUCAGUCAGGGAGCUGGUUUUCUUAAGGCUCAAAUCUCAUGGGAUUGAAAUGGAAGAACGUUUGGAAAGUUGGUGAGGUGUUGGGGGGGGGGAGCCUAAUGGUUGGAGAAGCAGAUUUGGGACCAAAAGGUUGUGGGUUCGAUUCCCUGGACCAGCAGGAAUGGCUGAAGUGCCCUUGAGCAAGGCACGUGCUCCCCAGUCUGCUGUAUAUAACUCUGGAUAACAGCGUCUGCUAAAAGCCAUUAAUGUAUUUUUGAGAGCUAUAUUUUGCUCCCUUAAAGGAUUCCAAAAACUGGAUUUAUACCAAACAAAUCGUUUGAGCCAGAGAACAAGGUCUUGUGUGUCCGAAUUAUAGAACACAUUAAACAACUGGAGCCAAGAACACAGAUUAGUCACUUCCUGAGGCACUGCAUGUUAUAUUUUGUGUAUAUUUAUGUUCUCUAUAUCUGCUGUAGUUCUCUCUCUUUUUUUUUUUUUUUCGUUUAACAUCGUUAUCUGAUGUUGCGACAUACUAUCUCGCAAUUAAUCAAAAAACUUUUUUUUCAAGUGGCGCGAAUAGGCUUCCAUAUAACUGGAAUGUUCGGUUGAAUAUUUUAAACUUCUGACUGAUCCCCACCCACCCCCCACUAAGAAGCUACAAUCUGAAAUCUAAUCCAAGCCAGCAAGGAAUAUUUCAAACAUCGCAGAUUGGUGAAGAGCAUUGUUUGGGUUUUUUGGUUUUGUUUUUGAGCGGAUUGUGUUACAAGGGUUUACACAUCACGCUCCAAGAAGAAUAUUGUGACUGAAGAUGUCACUCAGCCUGUGGGCUUUUCCAUAUCCCUCAGUGCUCGUAUACCAUAGUGCCAAAUCUGAACUCAUCUCAGUGUUGUUUCAACUUGUCAACUGGAAAUUUGUGUGUGUGUGUGUAUAUAUAUAUAUAUCUCCAUGGAAAGAUUGGAUUGGUUUGCUUUGAAACUGGAACUUGAUUUUCUGGGGAUGAUUUUCCCAUCAGGUACAUACUGCUUUGGGAUAUUGUGACAGAGUUCAUUUUAAAGGCGCAGUUUGUUAUUUUUAAACCUGUUUUGCUUCCCAUCAUGCAAAGUGAAAGUGCAGGUAAAUCGUCCUUCCCGUGCACAGUCGCACCCACUUUACUGAAUUGCCUUUUAAGGAGAAGAUAGAUAGAUAGAUAGAUAGAUAGAUAGAUAGAUAGAUAGAUAGAUAGAUAGAUAGAUAUGAGGCCUUAUUAGAUUUGUUGUUUUAUAACUGUCCAUUUGUAUUGUACUGUAUCUAUUUGUUCUGUAAUUACAGAAUUGUUAGAGAUCUAGAAAGGCUUUAAAAUGGUCAAACUGUACCUUUUAAGGAACGUAUUAAAAGGUUUGACGGCUUGUCUGAGAUAGCCUAGUCGGCACUCAGUCAGAACACGGUGCUUAUUGUUAAACUGGAUUUUUGCAGUGACCGAUUUAAUUAGGUCAGCUGAGUUUGUCGGCGUUUUCCUCUUUGAAUGCAUUUUGAAGCUCACAAAGAUCGCAUUAUCGGGAAUGGAUCCUCAAACAUACAUCGAGGACGUUUGCACACUUCGGGCUAAAAUAGCCUGUAGCUGUUUUUAGAAUAGAAGCUCCUUUUAAAUUUAACUCUGCAGCUCUUUGGGGAGAUUUUAUUACGAAGUGGAUUGUAAGUGUUUGAAAAUUCAUGCCUGUUAAGGUGUGUAAAUCAGUUUCAGAUCGCUGUUUAAAAAAAAAUAUAUAUAUAUAUAUAUAUAUAUAUAUAUAUAUAUAUAUAUAAGCAGCACUGCACAUUGAUCACACUGUUGAGUGAGUUAGUAGGUCAAAGUUGCUGUUUUGAGGGCAAUAAAUAAGUUUCUACAAACUUUUUUUUAAGAAAGGUUACUAAAAAAACAACAACUUUGUACACGUUCUUAGUGUCUUCAAACUACAGCCAGGGAGUUAAACAGUCAGUGCGUUUACAUGCACAUCCAAAUCGAGCUACUGUUGGUAAUCGAGCUAAGGGUCCCAGCAGGGCUGCCAGAGAAAUCCAAUCCUACAUGCACACAAGGAAAUCGGGCUAUUGUGUGAGGUACAUUGUGCACCCGAGCCACAGGUGGCGCUACACGCCCCAUCGUGUUGGUACACUUCCGGUUGUCGUCAUGAAGAAGUGCUAUUCAAGAGUAUAAACAAAGUUAUCAGUUCCGUGUUCACAAGAAGAACGAUGACGAGGACAGCAACAUCGAGAUAUAUAUUAUAUAUUCAACUCCUUAAGCUGAAUGAGCAUGAACUCUAUCUCCUCAUUGCUCCAGAAGUGCACGUUUCUACUACUGUUGUCAUGCCGACCGAGGCUGUUGCGUUUCCCGCUUGUGGUCUCGUCCCUCGUCACUUCUGGAAGGGGCAGUGCUGAAGUAAGUAGCUCGACUAUGUAGCUCGAUAGGGUUUACAUGCACUAAGUAGCUCGGCUACAAUCGCAUAAUCUAGGUCGUGUAGCUCGAUUACGAGAAAUCCAGUUCGGUUCGAUUUCAGCCGAGCUAAGGUGUUUCCAUGGCAUUUAGAACUUCAAUUUCAGUCGAGCUACGGCAGAAAUUUGAUUUUCUCUAUGUGCAUGUAAACGCACUGAGUGAUGGAUUAACUUUAGAUUAACAAUUGACUGGAUUUUUGGGUAAGUGGCAAAAUAUAAAGGUGCGACUUCAUCUGAACGUACGAUUGUGUACAGAGGAAAAGCCGUAGUUCUACCUGACUUGUUCUGUAUUACGUGCCUUUCAUUCAGCGUGUCAGGACCAUUACAGUAUGUUUUCAAGUGCAAUCAUUCAUCUAUUCCAUGAAAUUCUUUGCAAGUGCAAACCAGACCUUUUCCAAAGAAAUGAUGUGUUAAAAGCCACUCUUCUUUUUGCAAAUGUUUUCACUCAUUUCCUUUAUCUUUAAUACCAAACCAAUAAAAUGGAAGUAUGACUGUUGGAAAAA